AGAAGUUCAGGAAUCCCACGUGACGUCACCGCGGGGUGAUGUAAUGCUUCUGUAAAUAGAUCAUAUUGUAAUCGCGUUUCACUUCGGCGUGCUUCGUCCCAGCGCGAGGAGCGUUGCUAGUCUCGAUCUGCGUGCGUUUUAGGUCUUUUAGAUCUCAGUGAUGAAUGUUGAUCAGGACAGGCCAUAUGUAUGCACUGCUCCUGGAUGCUCACAGCGCUUCCAAAGAGAAGAUCACCUAAUUAUUCACAGACACAAACAUGAGAUGACCCUUAAAUUCUCUUCUAUUAAGUGCGACAGCAUGCUCUCAGAUCAGACUCCAACUCCAACCCGUUUCUUACGGGACUGUGAGGAAGUGGGCCUCUUUACUGACCUGGAGCUUAACCAGUCGCGGGUAGAGGAGGAGACCAAACCGAACUUUCCUGCACAGGCGUCAGGUCAGAGCCAGACUCACACUGAGACACAGCCUCAGCAGAGUCAACAUCAUCAGUUUCAACCUCAGCAACAGCAGCAGUGCGCUCUGGCUCAUCUCAACCAGAACCAGCUCCACACACACAGCUCACCGCCUCAGUCUCAAUGCACUGCCACAUACUCCACUUCAAAUAAACAAUCUGCACCCAGCUGUCUGCACAGCAGACAGACAAAUACCUUGCCUGGGACAUCCGCCAUGAAUAUGGAGGCACAGUUGUCAAUGAACUCUAGUAUGAUUGGCAUGCCAGGCCCCGCCCCCUCUGGCUCAUGCUCCUCCCUUCAGAGGUCAAAGGUCAUGCCAGCUCACAGCCAUCCUGCAGUUUCCAAUGGCAGUCAGAAUCCUCUUUGCCACAUGAUGGAGAUGAUGUCGUCACCACAGCACCCACUGUCACAUUUACAAUCCGCAUCUCAUCAUCACGCAUACCAGCAGCACUGCCACAGCCAAUCACCGCAAAGACUCACACAUCAACAUCAAAGCCAAGACCAAUCACAUCACAGCCACGCUCACCAUUCUCCACCUUCCCAUUUGCAUCCUGGCUCCACCCACCAGACAGCCCCUCCCCUUUCACAUCAGCCGAUACCGACGCAGAUGUCGUCCACACCAAAACAGACCCCCUGCCCGCAAUCUCCUCCACAGCCGUCCGCAGCCAGACGCCGACGGACAGCAGAGGAAGACCCAGACGAGCGCAGACGGAAGUUUCUGGAGAGAAACAGAGCGGCCGCCACACGGUGCAGACAGAAGAGGAAGGUCUGGGUGAUGUCGUUGGAGAGGAAGGCAGAGGAACUUACACACACUAACUUACAGCUGCAGAAUGAGGUGACAUCGCUCAGAACAGAAGUCACUCACCUGAAGCAAAUUCUUCUUGCACAUAAAGACUGUCCUGUAUCUGUGAGACAGAGAGAAACACAGAGUGGCGUGGGUAGUCCAACAGGAAGUCCUGUCCAGCAACACGCCAUCCAACACAACAGCAUCUCAACCUCAAGUUCAACUUUACCACACAGUCACCUCCCCCCACACUCACACCCCGCUAACCACACACAACUAUAACAUGCUUCGACAAGGACAGAAACUGACUGAAAACAAAAAAUAAAGCCAUAAGGUCAGGACAGCUCCGACCAAGCAGGUACCCGUCAGUGCAAAAGCAAAACUGAACAGCAAAAUGUUUCAUCCUGAGUUUUAAACUCGGGUUUAUGUCUAAAAGGGAAUGUGUGAAUUACAAAUAAGUCUGAAAUGUUUAAUAAGUCUCAAGAAUAGAAUAAUUAAAUUAAAUUAUGUCUGUUUAUAUUUCCCUUUGCUUCUCAGGUAAUCAUUUUUAUUUUACCUCACUGUUAUUCAUUACAGUGCUGGAAAACAAACCUCCUAAAUUUAGUUUUCCUAUUCUCAAACCUGUCUCUCACCCUCUUUCCGUCUUCUCACAUUCUUCCUCAUGUUUUUUUUUUUUGUUGUUGUAGUCAAUCUUUCUCAGGGACACUCAUCUAGUUUUACUCUUAGGUUAUGUGUGUAUUCGUGUGUUUUGUUUUUUGGCCACUUUCAGUGUAAACGCUUCGAUAGCUUCAGUGACAGCUGUGCGUGCUAAAUCCUGAAACCAAUGGCAAGGCCGUGUGAAAUGCAUUGAAUCAGGGCAGUUGUAAGUUUGUAAUUGUAAAUAGGAUUCUCUACUUUUAUAAAUUCGUGAUGAAGCUAAAGCUGACUGUUACAUGUCCGUCUCCGCUGUAAAUAUCGUAAGAGGCCUCUUGGUGAAUUAUCAGGUAAGAAAGUACUUAAGUACUUAAGAGUAUCAUGUGUGAAUUUUAGAUUUAUAGAAUAACAUGCAUCUCAUUCGAUACAGGCAGAGCCAACAUCACAAUCAAGUAUAGGAACGAUAGUAAAGGGAUCAUGCAUUAGUAAUCCCACUCAUGGCACUCUGAACGUCUUACAGUAUUCUCCUAAAACCAUCCAGCAUAGCAAUCCUUUCACACUAACUGGCUCAGUGACAAUCAAAAUGUCAAUACCGACAUUUCCUGGAAAUAACAUGCAAGCAUGUGUACCAUCUCUGAUUAAAAAAAAAUGUUUAGGUAAAGAAUUUAUAUGGUUAUGAAUUACGAAUCUGGAUAUGUGGAUGAAAAAGAAUGUUUGUAAACUCUGCAGGUUUAAACUGUUUUAUGCAUGUACAGUUUUUUGAAAUAUUUAUCUAUUUUUGUACACAUUCGUGGCCAUUUUUAAUUAAAAAACACUUAAUAUCUAUA